CUUGCAUUGAUUGGAAUCAGACAGUAGUGAUGAUAACGUCCACAUUUUCAAAUGGAAGAGAAAAAAAGUCUUCCUUUCUGUCUAAUACCACAUGAAAGUGGUUGGUUUUUGGCAUCUUAUUUGUCCAGCUUCCAUAUUCGUUUUUAUACACCUUACAAGAAAUACAUUGGCGGCAAACUCCAUAGCUUGCUAGCUUGUUUGCGCUGGCUUUCGGAGACUCUUAUUUUGAAAGCGCAGGCGCGAUGGAGCGGCACUUUUAUUGUGUAGACAGGAACUGUGCAGUCAGUCUUUAGGCUUUUGACGGGAAGUACGGUUGAAAUAAAAAAAAGGGUCUUUUUUCCUUCACAUUUUUGAUUGAUUGAUUGGAACUUUUCUGCGAUGAGGUGGCGACUUGUCCAGGGCGUACCCCGCCUUCCGCCCGAAUGCAGCUGAGAUAGGCUCCAGCACCCCCCGCGACCCCAAAAGGGACAAGCGGUAGAAAAUGGAUGGAUGGAUGAUUGGAACUUUUAUUAGUAGAUUGCACAGUACAGUACAUAUUCCGUACAAUUGACCACUAAAUGGUAACACCCGAAUAAGUUUUUCAACUUGUUUAAGUCAGGUCAUGUGACCGCCUGGCUCUGUUUGAUUGGUCCAACGUCACCAGUGACUGCAUCUGAUUGGUGGAACGGAGUGAACGUCACCAGUGACUGUAUUUGUUGAAACGCAGGCACUAUGAAGGUCUGUCUGACAAACCAAAACAAACAAAGCGUGCAUUAACAGAUCGAUAAAAAUUAGUAGCGAGUAGCGAGCUGAAUGUAGAUAAAAGUAGCGGAGUAAAAGUAGCGUUUCUUCUCUAUAAAUAUACUCAAGUAAAAGUAAAAGUAUGUUGCAUUAAAACUACUCUUAGAAGUACAAUUUAUCCCAAAAGUUACUCAAGUAGAUGUAACGGAGUAAAUGUAGCGCGUUACUACCCACCUCUGCCUAAAUAGCAUGUUAGCAUUGAUUAGCUUGCAGUCAUGCACUGACCAAAUAUGUCUGAUUAGCACUCCACACAAGUCAAUAACAUCAACAAAACUCACCUUUGUGGAUUCACGCACAACUUUAAAAGUUUGGUGGACAACAUGAGACAGAAAAAGGAGUGGCAUAAAACACGUCCUAGAAAGUCGCAGAAAGAUAUACAUGUAAACAAACUAAGGUGAGUUCAAGGACUGCCAAAAUUAGUAGGACAAAACGGCGCUCGCCAAAUACUCGAAUCAGUGAAGCAUGUUUAAUAUAAACAGUGUGCUUUAUAACAAUUAGGGAGGUUUGUGUCAUGUUUGUCCUCCUACAGAAACCAUAUUAAAACAAAAAAUAUAUUUUUUUCCCCUCAACUUUUUCCAUUUUUCAUACAUUUUUGAAAAAGCUCCAGAGAGCCACUAGGGCGGCGCUAAAGAGCCGCGGGUUGCCGACCCCUGGCAUAGUGCAAAGACUUUCUGCACAGUCAGUUGCUACAAAGCUACAAACUUCAUGUUACCUUCCAAUUAGCCCACGCAUAGUACGCAGAGAACUUCAUGGAAUGGGUCUCCAUGGCCGAUCAGCUGCAUCUAAGCCGUACAUCACCAAGUCCGAUGCAGUGGUGUAAAGCACGUCGCCACUGGACUCUAGAGCAGUGGAGACGCCUUCUCUGGAGUGAUGAAUCUCGCUUUUUCCUCUGGCGAUCUGAUGGACGAAUCCGGGUUUGGAGGAGUUGGGGCCUUAGUUCCAGUGAAAGGAACUCUGAAUGCUCCAGGAUCUAUCCAUCCAUCCAUUUCCUACCGCUUAUACCCUUUGGGGUCGCGGGGGGCGCUGGAGCCUAUCUCAGCUACAAUCGAGCGGAAGGCGGGGUACACCAGGGGAGACGCCUUCUCUGGAGUGAUGAAUCUCGCUUUUUCCUCUGGCAAUCUGAUGGACGAAUCCGGGUUUGGUGGUUCCCAGGAGAACGGUACAUUUCGGACUGCAUUGUGCCGAGUGUUAAAUUUGGUGGAAGAGGAAUUAUGGUGUGGGGUUGUUUUUCAGGAGUUGGGGCCUUAGUUCCACUGAAAGGAACUCUGAAUGCUCCAGGAUCUAUCCACCCAUCCAUUUUCUACCGCUUAUUCCCUUUGGGGUCGCUGGAGACUAUCUCAGCUACAAUCGGGCGGAAGGCGGGGUACACCCUGGACAAGUCACCACCUCAUCGCAGGGCCAACACAGAUAGACAGACAACAUUCACACUCACAUUCACACACUAGGGCCAAUUUAGUGUUGCCAAUCAACCUAUCCCCAGGUGCACGGUGGAAGAGGGGUUAGUGCGUCUGCCUCACAAUACGAAGGUCCUGAGUAGUCUUGAGUUCAAUCCCGGGCUCGGGAUCUUUCUGUGUGGAGUUUGCAUGUGCGUGGGUUCACUCCGGGUACUCCGGCUUCCUCCCACUUCCAAAGACAUCCUCCAGGAUACCAAAACAUUUUUGGACAAUUCCAUGCUCCCAACCUCGUGGGAACAGUUUGAAGCGGGCCCCUUCCUCUUCCAACAUGACUGUGCACCAGUGCACAAAGCAAGGUCCAUAAAGACAUGGAUGACAGAGUCUGGUGUGGGUGAACUUGACUGGCCUGCACAGAGUCCUGACCUGAACCCGAUAGAACACAUUUGGGAUGAAUUAGAACGGAGACUGAGAGCCAGGCCUUUGGAAGAAUGGUGGAAAAUUCCUAUAAACACACUCCGCAACCUUGUGGACAGCCUUCCCAGAAGAGUGGAAGCUGUAAUAGCUCCAAAAGGUGGACCGACAUCAUAUUGAACCCUAUGGGUUAGGAACGGGAUGGCACUUCAAGUUCAUAUGUGAGUAAAUAAAUGAAUAAGUCAAAGUAGAUGUUACUUACAGAGUUUAUACAUAAUUGUAAGGACUGGAGACAAACAUUGUAAUGUGGUACCAAGUUAGUAAUUUGAUGCAAAAGGUCCAACAAAUAAAAUGUUCCUAUAAGAAAUAAUGCAGAACAAUUCAUUCGUUCCAACACCCAAAAAUAUUGUAAAACACAUUUGAUAAAGAAAACCGGAUCAUACAAAAACUGUAUACUCAUACUGGGAAUAUAGAUCAACGUUGUCUGGUAAGGACCCUUACCAUGUCGGCGGAGCCAUGUACUUCCUGGCCAGGAGCUCAAGGCAGUAAGCGGUGCUCUGAUCAGCCGGCGGUCCAAGAACUAUACCCAUACACGCAGCCAGCUCCAGCUCAUUACCUCUGAUCAGGCUAGACAUGGCCAGCUAAAAACACAAACAACAUGGGUGUUCAAGGUCGUACAUUGUGGCCCGGCCUCCAAGACGCCAAACACCCGCCCCACCACAGACCUCAAAACCCUGAUAUGCGGUAGAACACUAAUUCUCAAACUAGUGGUACAUAAAUAAUCACUUAAUUAAAUAUUUAAACACAGUGUUACUGUUCAAACUGGGUGUAAUGUAAUGUUGUCCUGGUACUAAAAUUAUUUUGAUACUUUUCGGUACAUUUCGAUACUUUUCUAAAUAAAGGGGACCACAAAAAAUUGCAUUAUUGGCUUUAUU